CAAAACCCCACGGGAAAAAGCCAGCCCCGAGAGAGCCAAAAGCGUCACUUAUAGACUAUAAUUAUGAUGAUGAUUACAACACUCGCUCUUCUUAAAUCUUGUGCACCCAUUUUCCCCCUUUCUCUUUAUCUCCGCAUUUCCAUCGAUCUCGCUUCGAGCUCCUGCUUCAAUGGCGACCUCCUGUGCUCCCGUUUCAAUCUCAGGUGUAUCUCAUCUAAGGACAAGUGAGCUAGGUUCGAGAAAGGUUGAUGUGUUCGGGAAGUCGUCAAAGCUGAUUGUGCAGAGGAAAUUUAACCAACUCCCAGCAAACCAGAAACUCUCAGUUCGUGCAGAAUACGGUAAUAACAGGGGUGGUGGUGGCGGAGGCGAUUUUGCUGCUGGUUUUCUCUUAGGAGGGGCCAUAUUCGGAACUUUAGCUUAUGUGUUUGCUCCUCAGAUAAGAAGAUCUCUACUAAACGAGGAUGAAUAUGGGUUUCGCAAAGCCAAGAGACCAAUUUACUACGACGAAGGCUUAGAAGUAAGCAAAAAGACAAGGCAGACGCUGAAUGCAAAAAUCAGCCAGCUGAACAAUGCCAUCGACAACGUGUCCUCUCGCCUGAGAGGUGGCAGUGGCAAUAACAGUGCGACUUCGGUGCCCCUUGAAACAGAUCCAGAGGUCGAAGCCACCAUGUGAUCUCUCGAUUGCGGUUUCUGUUUUUCUGCUUCCUUAUAUGUUUGUUUCCCAGAAAUAUACUUCGGUUGAGGUUGCUAGGCCGGUUGCCUGUUGCUUUUUUUGUCUACAAAAUUCUGGGAGAUGUGGUUUUUGUAGUUUGUACUUGUUUUAAGCUUCCCGGACGAUUACAUUGUCAUUUUCAUCGAAUGAGGGUAUGCAUAUUGCAUAAUUCAGAAUACUACGAAAGAGCUACAGGUC